AUGUAUUCUGCACUUUUAUUACGUACAGUCAAUGUUACAGUUCACAAUCCUUCUGAAAAGAAAUUUAAAGAGAUCUAUGAUAAAUAUCGUGAUACUUUAAAAUGUCCUUGUUCUCGUGUUAGUGCACAAUAUAGUGAAUUCGCUUAUUUUCAAGUUACUUUUCACGAGGUUUGCAAUAGUGAGUUCGUUUCACAAGAAUGGAUUGAUGAAGUUUAUGGCGCUAAUGUUUCAUUUAUUCCACCAAAUGAUGUUCGAACUAUAUUAAGUCACUUUUGGCAAUUGAUUCGUUCAUUCUGUACAUUAACAAAUAUUUAUCUUAUUGAUGCAUCGAAUGAAUUCAAUUCAAGCAAUUUAGUUAGUCUUUCCGCACAGCCCCAACAUAUAAUAGAAACAAAAAUCAAUACAAGUCUCAAUUUUGCAAUUAAUUCAGCAAUCAUAAAUCUUAAAAAGAAUCUACUUAUUACACGUGAAACAAUUUUGGUCAAUGGACAAAUAUCAAUUUUAGGUACUAAUUACUUUUUAUACAUAGAUUUUGUACAAUUAUCAUUUUAUCCGCCAUUUGGCAUUGGUAUAAAUACUACAUACUUUUCAGAUGGUUGUUCUUGUGAGAAUCAUAAUGGAUGUCCACGUUCGGCUGUUGUUUUUGAGUUCAAUGAAACAUCCACUUUCGAAAAUAUACCAGGCAUGAUGUUCGAUUGUUUACCAUUAGAUGGUGCACUUGCUUCAUCAUUUGAAUGUUUUUAUGAUUCAUGGUGUUUAUCAUUGAUUCAAAAUGUAUCAAAAAGUAAUAUGAGAUCAGAACCACUUCAUAGUCAAAGUCGUUUUGGACAUAAUACUACUUUAAAGACACUUUUAGAUGAACUUAUGAUUGAACAAUUAACUAUGACAGUUGUAUUUUCAUCUUACUAUUCCAUCUGUAAUCCUAAAUAUUGCACUUACUCAUAUACUCAUAGAUUCGAUAUACUUUUUAUCAUUACAUUUACAGCAAGCGCAUUUGGUGGUAUAUCAGUUGUACUAAUAUUCAUAGCUCCACUAUUGAUCAAAUUAGCAUAUUGGAUAGUUACAUUGAGAAAAAGAAAUAAUUCACUUGGUAUUCAUAAUACAAAUCAAUCAAUAAAUCCAUUACGUUUCAUCAUAACAAGACGAUUUAAUCUUCGUUUGACUAUUCAAAACUUGCUUCAAAAUCUUAAUUUAUUUAACAGUUCAUCUCAAAAUCCAAGUGUUAUACAAAGAGAACGUUUUACAACUCCAAAUCAAACAAAAAUAAUCAUUAUAACUAAUACAACUCAAGAUGAAUAUGAACAACUUUGGAAUUUGCAUUCAGAUACACUUUAUUGUCCAUGUUCCGAAAUUACUAUUCCAUAUUCUAAUUUUAUUCAAAUUAUACCUAUAUUUCAUCAACUAUGUUCAAGUAUGUUUAUUUCUCCUGAAUGGUUUGAUGAACUGUCGCAUGCUAUGGUCGUGGAUAUUUACCAGUAUUCCCAAUUCGCAGGAACAAUUGGUGCACAUUAUUUCAAAGGUCUCGCUGCAUUCUGUUCAAUAGCAGAGCAAGCAGUGAAUAAUUCCUAUCGAUUAUUUUCUGCUAAAACAUUCAUUAGUGAUCGUAUAUUGCCUAAAAACAUCUUUGAUAACGAAGUCAAAAUUCUUGUUGAUACAUUCAACGAAUCAACAUUUUCUGAAUUGUAUCGUACUUUCUCACUUACUCGAGUGGCGGUAGAAACCAAUCCAUUUGCUAGCAGAAUAGGACAACAAGUUACAUUCUUGGUAGAUAACGAAUAUCAAAUAAAAAUAGAAUCAGGACAAAUAGAAAAUCAGCGUAUGAAAGCACCUGGCGCACCACCUUGUACUUGUCUGUUGCCAGAUGAUGACUGUUACGCGUAUGCAUAUGUUUACAGUUUUACGGAAACAUUCGACAUGACUAAAAUUAAUGGUUUAUUGAUUAAAUGUUUCUCGACUGAAUCGACACUGUUCUCAACUUUAGAAUGUUGGUACAAUCAUUCUUGCGUGGAACUCGUCCGUAUGCAUUAUAUCAUGAAUGGCGUGACCAAUAUCAUUGAUAUUGCUCCGCUUGAUGAAAAUCUUCCAAGUAAAUUUUCUAUAAAUGAUACAAUUGAAGUAUUGAUAAAUGCACUUCUACUUGAGAACUUUACUAUUAACAUUUCUUAUGAUCAAUACUAUGCUAAAUGUGCUCCAUUGUCUUGUAUUUAUACUAUUGAAGAAACUUUCGAUUUUAUUUUUCUGAUUACUAGUAUUUUGGCUAUUUAUGCUGUUUUGAACAAAAUUUUUCGAUUAACUUUACCAUUUAUUGUUCAAUUAACUUUGAUCAUUUGGAAUCGAAUUCGAAAAGAAAAUUCUCCUCCUAAUCAAUCGACACACAUUCUUGAAGACACGCAACAUAACAGUAAGUUAAGCAAAUAA